AUGCACGUUAAACAUUAUUUUGCAGUUGUAAUAUUCUUGAAAAUUUUAAGCCUGAUUAUUGCAGAUUCAGUAUAUAACACGUCGGGAAUUGAUUUAUCUGAGUGCAAGAUAUCUCAACUAGGAAUUGAGUAUAAAGGUUUUAUUAACAUAACUGUUAGUGGAUUUAGUUGUCAAUUAUGGACAGCCGCACAACUACUUCAUAAAAACAAGAAUAUAAGUGAUGCAAAUUUUCCGGAGAAAUCUGUGGAACUUGCACAAAAUUAUUGUAGAAAUCCUACCCGAGAUCGAAGAGGUCCUUGGUGUUACACGUUAGAUUCUACAGUAAUUGAUGAAGGAUGCGAUAUUCCUCUUUGUGAUUAUAAAGAAUGUCGAAUGGCUGGAACUGCUAAUGACUAUAUAGGUACAUUAUCAACAACUCGUUCAGGUCGAACUUGUGCGAAAUGGUUGAAUAAUUAUAAUUUCGAACAGAUACAAAGAUCGAACGCAUCAUUGAAAACAAAACCUUCUUCUAGAUUUUUAAGAUUGAUUCGCACAAAAUCUUUCUCGAAACGCCAUUUGAUGACAAAACAAAAUUUGACAUCAUCACAAUUAUUUAUGAAACCACCAUCAUUAAAUUUAUCUCAAUCAGGAUUUAAAAUUGACAAACAUAUCAAUUUUGUUGACCAAACAUAUUUGAAUGACAGUCUUUAUCCUGAACUUAGUGUACGAGAUGCUAAUAAUUAUUGCAGAAAUCCUUCGCGCAAUAUUGCUGGCACAUGGUGUUAUACAACGGAUCCAUUGGUACCACAAGAUUUGUGUAAUAUAAGAGAUUGUGAAAAGUCGGAAGAAUGUACAUUUUUUGUGAAGGGGCACGGCAUUGGACGACGAUUAUACAUUUUACCAGAAUAUCGUACAGAAGGCUUACGUUUCUCAUUAAAAACAUGGGAACCUGAUUAUCCAGAUUCCAUAACAUUUGUGUUCACUGCUGAUGAUGGAUUAAAAUCUCGUUAUAUUCUUAAGAUUGGAGCUUUCGAUAACGAGAAAAUACUUUUGUAUUAUGAAUCAGAAGAAAAUGACAUAAUUUUGGUGAAAAAAAAAACAUUACCGCAUUUAUUAUAUUUUGGUAAAUGGAGUAAUUUUGUUAUUCGUAUACCUCGAGGAUAUGUUCUUCUUUAUUAUGAAGGAGCAUCAAAUCCAUUGUUUGAAUGGAAACAUGCUGAACCAUCCAAAGCAUUUUUACCAAUUUAUUAUUAUUAUAAUAGCGAAAAAGAUCAUGUGAUAGGAAUUGCUUUCGAUUGUGCCUCAAGAUGCCAUAUAGAGAACACACAAACUAAUCAUUAUACUAGAAUACUUCCACUAUCAAUAUGGUCUAAAGAAGAUGUAAUGAGACCUAAUAAACUAAUGUUAAUGAUUCGCGCCAAGGGUGUUGUUCUAAUACCAUUACUUUUACUGCCUGCAACAUCAGGAUUUUAUGCACUUACACUUGGUGAACAAGAUAUCGAUGGACCCCCUUUAGAUGGCGGAUGGUCAGAAUGGGGACCAUGGGUGUGUAGUGUUAGUUGUAACGGUGGUGUAGGAAUUAGAAAUACUAUAACUUUAAUAAAAAAAGUUAUCGCAUAUAAUCAUACCGCUCUUACUGUGAAGGAAUAUGCAUCAGUAUCGCUCCAUUCAGAUUCUAAUAUUGUGAAUACUAUCAGAAUUGAAUCACCUAAUUCUGAAAUACAGUGGUCCCAUAAUGGAAUUUUUAUUCAAAACAAUCAUCACAGGGAAAUUAAAGAUUACGAAAUCAUAAUAAAUAGAGCAGCAUUAAUUGAUUCGGGCGUAUAUACGCUUACUGUACAUCGAAUAGAUGGAACAUAUAUGAUAAUUAAGGUGAUAACUUUGGCAGUAGUUCCUAUUAAGGAAAGCAUUACUAUUCGUGAAACUCUAUCUAUGCAUGUUACAUGCCACUGUGCUAUCCUCGGUUAUGUAUAUUCUAAUUUGAAAGUUUAUUGGAUGAUCAAUGGUAACGUAUGGAAAGACUAUGGAGUUACAUUGCCUGUAGCUACAAAUGUUGAUUAUGUUCCUAUUAUAAAUAAGUCUCAUCACGGUAUAUGGAAAUGCAUCGUGGAGCAAAUUGACUUGCAAUUUAAAUGGACAACAAAUGUAAUCCGCGUGAAAGGUAUGAAAUAUAUUUAA